AUGGCGAGCCUCGCCGCGCUCGCCCUCAGCCUGCUCCUGCGGCUGCAGCUGCCGCCGCUGCCCGGCGCCUGGGCACAGAGCGCCGCAGGUGGCUGUUCCUUUGAUGAGCACUACGGCAACUGUGGUUAUAGCGUGGCCCUGGGGACCAAUGGGUUUACGUGGGAGCAGAUUAACACGUGGGAAAAACCAAUGCUGGACCCAGCGGUGCCCACAGGAUCCUUCAUGUUGGUGAACAGCUCUGGGAGGGCCUCUGGCCAGAAGGCCCACCUUCUCCUGCCGACCCUGAAGGAGAAUGACACCCACUGUAUCGAUUUCCAUUACUACUUCUCCAGCCGCGACAGGUCCAGCCCGGGAGCCUUGAAUGUCUAUGUGAAGGUGAACGGCGGGCCCCAGGGGAACCCUGUCUGGAACGUGUCUGGGGUCGUCACCGAGGGCUGGGUGAAAGCAGAGCUUGCUAUCAGCACCUUCUGGCCACAUUUCUACCAGGUGAUAUUUGAAUCCGUCUCUUUGAAGGGUCAUCCUGGCUACAUCGCUGUGGACGAGGUCCGGGUCCUUGCUCAUCCAUGCAGAAAAGCACCUCACUUUCUGCGGCUCCAAAAUGUCGAGGUGAAUGUGGGGCAGAAUGCCACAUUUCAGUGCAUCGCUGGUGGGAAGUGGUCUCAGCAUGACAAACUUUGGCUCCAGCAAUGGAACGGCAGGGACACAGCCCUCAUGGUCACUCGCGUGGUCAACCACAGACGCUUCUCAGCCACGGUCAGUGUGGCCGACACCGCCCAUCGGAGUGUGAGCAAGUACCGCUGUGUGAUCCGUUCUGACGGCGGUUCCGGUGUGUCCAACUAUGCUGAGCUGAUUGUGAAAGAGCCUCCCACACCCAUCGCCCCCCCAGAGCUGCUGGCCGUAGGGGCCACAUACCUGUGGAUCAAGCCAAAUGCCAAUUCUAUCAUCGGCGAUGGCCCCAUCAUCCUGAAGGAGGUGGAAUAUCGCACCACCACGGGCACCUGGGCCGAGACCCACAUAGUUGACUCUCCCAACUAUAAGCUGUGGCAUCUGGACCCUGACGUGGAGUAUGAGAUCCGGGUGCUGCUCACACGACCAGGGGAGGGAGGCACGGGACCACCAGGGCCUCCCCUCACCACCAGAACCAAAUGUGCAGACCCCGUGCACGGCCCGCAGAAUGUGGAGAUUGUGGACAUCCGCGCUCGGCAGCUGACCCUGCAGUGGGAACCGUUCGGCUACGCGGUGACCCGCUGUCACAGCUACAAUCUCACCGUGCAUUACCAGUACGUGUUCAACCAGCAGCAGUACGAGGCCGAAGAGGUCAUUCAGACCUCUUCCCACUACACCCUGCGGGGCCUGCGCCCCUUCAUGACCAUCCGGCUGCGGCUGCUGCUGUCUAACCCCGAGGGCCGGAUGGAGAGCGAGGAGCUGGUGGUGCAAACAGAGGAGGACGUUCCAGGAGCUGUUCCCCUAGAAUCCAUUCAAGGAGGGCCCUUUGAGGAGAAGAUCUACAUCCAGUGGAAACCUCCCAAUGAGACUAAUGGAGUCAUCACACUCUAUGAGAUCAACUACAAGGCUGUUGGCUCACUGGACCCGAGUGCUGACCUCUCCAGCCAGCGGGGGAAAGUCUUCAAGCUCCGGAAUGAAACCCACCACCUCUUUGUGGGUCUGUACCCGGGGACCACCUACUCCUUCACCAUCAAGGCCAGCACAGCAAAGGGCUUCGGGCCCCCUGUCACCACUAGGAUUGCCACCAAAAUUUCAGCUCCAUCGAUGCCUGAAUAUGACACAGACACCCCACUGAAUGAGACAGACACGACCAUCACAGUGAUGCUGAAGCCCGCUCAGUCACGGGGAGCCCCUGUCAGUGUCCCCUUGCAUUACUGCAAGCCUGCAGAUCAGCAAGGCGACCUCAUCAGCUGGCAUCCAACCGUGCGGCUCCCAGCAGGUAUAGAGGACACUGUGUUCGCCUCUCAGCAGUCGAGCGCUUGCCUUGCCGUUCUCCGUGCCGACCUUGUCUUCUCUACCUGGCCGGAGACCAAAAUCAACUGCGUUCGCCUGGCUACAAAAGCACCAAUGGGCAGCGCCCAGGUGACCCCGGGGACUCCACUCUGCCUCCUCACCACAGGUGCCUCCACUCAGAAUUCUAACACUGUGGAGCCGGAGAAGCAGGUGGACAAUACCGUGAAGAUGGCCGGUGUGAUUGCUGGCCUCCUCAUGUUCAUCAUCAUUCUCCUGGGCGUCAUGCUCACCAUCAAAAGGAGAAGAAAUGCUUAUUCCUACUCCUAUUACUUGAAGCUGGCCAAGAAGCAGAAGGAGACACAGAGUGGAGCCCAGAGGGAGAUGGGGCCUGUGGCCUCAGCCGACAAACCUACCACCAAACUCAGCACCAGCCGCAAUGAUGAAGGCUUCUCCUCUAGCUCUCAGGACGUUAAUGGAUUCACAGAUGGCAGCCGUGGGGAGCUGUCCCAGCCUACGCUCACAAUCCAGACUCACCCCUACCGGGCUUGCGACCCCGUGGAGAUGAGCUAUCCCCGGGACCAGUUCCAGCCCGCCAUCCGGGUGGCUGACCUGCUACAGCACAUCACCCAGAUGAAGAGAGGCCAGGGCUACGGGUUCAAGGAGGAAUAUGAGGCCUUACCAGAGGGGCAGACAGCUUCGUGGGACACAGCCAAAGAGGAUGAAAACCGCAAUAAGAAUCGAUACGGAAACAUCAUAUCCUACGACCAUUCCCGGGUGAGGCUGCUGGUGCUGGACGGAGACCCGCAUUCUGACUACAUCAACGCCAACUACAUUGAUGGAUACCAUCGACCUCGGCACUACAUUGCAACUCAGGGUCCGAUGCAGGAGACCGUCAAGGACUUUUGGAGAAUGAUCUGGCAGGAGAACUCGGCCAGCAUCGUCAUGGUCACGAACCUCGUGGAAGUGGGCAGGGUGAAGUGUGUGCGAUACUGGCCGGAUGACACGGAGGUCUACGGGGACAUUAAAGUCAGCCUGAUUGAGACAGAGCCCCUGGCGGAGUACGUCAUACGCACCUUCACCGUCCAGAAGAAAGGCUACCACGAGAUCCGGGAGCUCCGCCUCUUCCACUUCACCAGCUGGCCCGACCAUGGCGUCCCCUGCUAUGCCACCGGCCUCCUGGGCUUUGUGCGCCAGGUCAAGUUCCUGAACCCCCCCGAGGCCGGGCCCAUUGUGGUCCACUGCAGUGCGGGAGCCGGAAGGACCGGCUGCUUCAUCGCCAUCGACACCAUGCUCGACAUGGCCGAGAACGAAGGGGUAGUGGACAUAUUCAACUGUGUGCGUGAGCUCCGGGCCCAGAGGGUCAACCUGGUGCAGACAGAGGAGCAAUAUGUGUUCGUGCACGACGCCAUCCUGGAAGCAUGCCUCUGCGGCAACACAGCCAUCCCCGUGUGUGAGUUCCGCUCUCUCUACUACAACAUCAGCAGGCUGGACCCCCAGACCAACUCCAGCCAGAUCAAAGACGAAUUUCAGACCCUCAACAUCGUGACUCCCCGAGUCCGGCCCGAGGACUGCAGCAUUGGGCUUCUGCCCCGGAAUCACGAUAAGAACCGGAGCAUGGAUGUCCUGCCUCUAGACCGCUGCCUGCCCUUCCUUAUCUCGGUGGAUGGGGAACCCAGCAACUACGUCAAUGCCGCUCUGAUGGACAGCCACAAGCAGCCUGCUGCCUUCGUGGUCACCCAGCACCCUCUACCCAACACCGUGGCAGACUUCUGGAGGCUGGUGUUCGACUACAACUGCUCCUCCGUGGUGAUGCUGAAUGAGAUGGACACUGCCCAGCUCUGUAUGCAGUACUGGCCUGAGAAGACUGCAGGGUGCUACGGGCCCAUCCAGGUGGAGUUCGUGUCUGCAGACAUCGACGAGGACAUCAUCCACAGAAUAUUCCGCAUCUGUAACAUGGCCCGGCCUCAGGAUGGGUAUCGUAUAGUCCAGCACCUCCAGUACAUUGGCUGGCCCGCCUACCGGGACACACCCCCCUCCAAGCGCUCUCUGCUCAAAGUGGUCCGACGGCUGGAGAAGUGGCAGGAGCAGUACGACGGGAGGGAGGGGCGCACCGUGGUCCACUGCCUAAAUGGGGGCGGCCGCAGUGGGACCUUCUGUGCCAUCUGCAGUGUGUGUGAAAUGAUCCAGCAGCAAAACAUCAUUGACGUGUUCCACAUUGUGAAAACGCUGCGUAACAACAAAUCCAACAUGGUGGAGACCCUGGAACAGUAUAAAUUUGUAUACGAGGCGGCACUAGAAUAUUUAAGCUCCUUUUAG